AUGACAUCAACAAUCUUAUGCCGAACAACUCGGCAAAACCAUCAAAUCUUAGUUUAUAUCAUCCGUAAUUCAUCUUCCUCGUCCACUCAAACUUCAACCCGAUGGAAACGUUUGGCUUAUCAAUUAGGUGGCGGUCUAUUAACAGCUGGCACUCUAGGUUAUGCCUGGGCUCACUCUCAAGCUGUCCACGCAUCGGGUAAUAAAGCACAUUUAGUUCCUUUACCAUGGUCGUUUAAUGGUCCAUUCGAUUCGUUGGAUCAUGCAUCUGUGCGUCGUGGUUUUGAAGUCUACAAACAAGUUUGUGCUGCAUGUCAUUCAAUGAAAUUUCUUGCCUAUCGCCAUUUGGUCGGAGUGACACACACGGAAGCAGAAGCUAAAGCCAUAGCUGCUCAAGAUCAAAUUACUGAUGGACCCGAUGAUCAAGGUAAUAUGUUUCAACGACCUGGUAAACUUACAGAUUACAUGCCAUCACCUUAUCCAAACGAUAAGGCUGCGAAGGCUGGAAACGGUGGAGCGCUACCACCAGAUCUUUCACUUAUUACUCUUGGUCGUGAGGACGGCUGUAAUUACGUUUUUAAUUUAUUGACUGGUUAUCAAGACCAACCGGCCGGAGUCAAGGGUGAACCAGGUCUUCAUUACAACCCAUACUUUAGCGGUGGUUGGAUUGCUAUGGCUAAACAAUUGUAUGAUGAUCAAAUUGAAUAUUCAGAUGGAACCAAAGCCACUGAAGCUCAAUUAGCAAAAGAUGUUACUGAAUUUCUUAAAUGGAGUGCUGAACGUGACCACGAUGAUCGUAAAAAAUUAGCCAUCAAAGCCGUUCUUGUAUUUGUUCCUUUGGUCGUUCUAUCUUACCAUUGGAAACGUGUCAAAUGGGCAUCGCUCAAAUCGAGAAAGAUCGCAUUCUACAGACCUAAACCAAAAGGCGAUUAA